AUGGAGAAUUCAUCAGGACACAGGGCCCUCUCCCGUCUCCCUCUCCCGUCUCCCUCUCCUCCGUCUCCCUCUCCCGUCUCCCUCUCCCGUCUCCCUCUCCCGUUUCCCUUUCUUGUCUCCCUCUCCCGUCUCCCUCUCCCAUCUCCCUCUCCGUCUUCCUCUCCCGUCUCCCUCUCCUGUCUCCCUCUCCCGUCUCCCUCUCCCUCUCCCGUCUCCCUCUCCCGUCUCCCUCUCACGUCUCCCUCUCCCUCUCCCGUCUCCCUCUCCCGUCUCCCUCUCCCGUCUCCCUCACCCGUCUCCCUCUCCCGUCUCCCUCUCCGUCUCCCCUCUCCCUCUCCCGUCUCCCUCUCCCGUCUCCCUCUCCCGUCUCCCUCUCCCGUCUCCCUCUCCCGUCUCCCUCUCCCGUCUCCCUCUCCCGUCUCCCUCUCCCCUCUCCGUCCCUCUCCGUCUCCCUCUCCCGUCUCCCUCUCCCGUUUCCCUCACCCGUCUUCCUCUCCCGUCUCCCUCUCUCGUCUCCCUCUCCCGUCUCCCUCUCCCGUCUUCCUCUCCCGUCUCCCUCUCCCGUCUCCCUCUCCCGUCUCCCUCUCUCCCGUCUCCCUCACCCGUCUCCCUCUCCCGUCUCCCUCUCCCUCCCUCUCCUCUCCCGUCUCCCUCUCCCGUCUCCCUCACCCGUCUCCCUCUCCCGUCUCCCUCCCCGUCUCCCUCUCCCGUCUCCCUCUCCCGUCUCCCUCUCCCGUCUCCCUCUCCCGUCUCCCUCACCCGUCUCCCUCUCCCGUCUCCCUCUCCCGUCUCCCUCUCCCGUCUCCCUCUCCCGUCUCCCUCACCGUCUCCCUCACCCGUCUCCCUCUCCCGUCUCCCUCUCCCGUCUCCCUCUCCCGUCUUCCUCUCCCGUCUCUCUCACCCGUCUCCCGUCUCCCUCUCCCGUCCCGUCUCCUCACCCGUCUCCCUCUCCCGUCUCCCUCUCCCGUCUCCCUCACCCGUCUCCCUCUCCGUCUCCCCUCUCCCCCCUCUCCCUCCGUCCUCUCCCGUCUCCCUCUCCCGUCUCCCUCUCCCGUCUCCCUCUCCCGUCUCCCUCUCCCGUCUCCCUCUCCCGUCUCCUCUCUCUCCGUCUCCUCUCUCUCCCGUCUCCCUCACCCCUCUCCCUCUCCCGUCUCCUCCUCCUCUCCCUCUCUCCCGUCUCCCUCUCCCGUCUCCCUCUCCCGUCUCCCUCUCCCGUCUCCCUCCCCGUCUCCCGUCUCCCUCCCGUCUCCAUCUCCCGUCUUCCUCUCCCGUCUCCCUCUCCCGUCUCCCUCUCCCGUCUCCCUCUCCCGUCUCCCUCUCCCGUCUUCCUCUCCCGUCUCCCUCUCCCCUCUCCCUCUCCCUCUCCCGUCUCCUCUCCCGUCUCUCCGUCUCCUCUCCCGUCUCUCCCCCCGUCUCCUCCCUCCCGUCUCCCUCUCCCGUCUCCCUCUCGUCUCUCUCCCGUCUCCCUCCCUCCCGUCUCCCUCUCCCGUCUCCUCCCGUCUCCCUCUCCCGUCUCCCUCUCCCGUCUCCCUCUCCCGUCUCCCUCCCGUCUCCCUCUCCCGUCUCCCUCUCCCGUCUCCCUCUCCCGUCUCCCUCUCCCGUCUCCCUCUCCCGUCUCUCCCGUCUCCUCUCCCUCCCGUCCCCCCCGUCUCCCGUCUCCCUCCCGUCUCCCUCUCCCGUCUCCCUCUCCCGUCUUCCUCUCCCGUCUCUCUCACCCGUCUCCCGUCUCCCUCUCCCGUCUCCCUCACCCGUCUCCCUCUCCCGUCUCUCUCAUCUCCGUCUCCCUCUCCCGUCUCCCUCUCUCCGUCUCCCUCUCCCGUCUCCCUCUCCCCUCUCCUCUCCCGUCUCCCUCCCUCUCCCGUCCUCCCUCUCCUCUCCGUCUCCUCUCCCGUCUCCCUCUCCCGUCUCCCUCUCCCGUCUCCCUCUCCCGUCUCCCUCUCCGUCUCCCUCUCCCCUCCCCCCGUCUCCCUCUCCCGUCUCCCUCUCCCGUCUUCCUCUCCCGUCUUCCUCUCCCGUCUCCCUCCUCUCCCGUCUCCCUCUCCCUCUCCGUCUCCCUCUCUCCCUCCCGCCUCCCGUCUCCGUCUCCCUCUCCCGUCUCCCUCUCCCGUCUCCCAUCUCCGCCUCCCUCUCCCGUCUCCCUCUCCCGUUUCCCUCCCGUCUCCCUCUCCGUCUCCCCUCCCGCCUCCCUCUCCCGUCUCCCUCUCCCGUCUCCCUCUCCGUCUUCCUCUCCCGUCUCCCUCUCCCGUCUCCCUCUCCCGUCUCCCUCACCCGUCUCCCUCUCCCGUCUCCUCCCGCUCCCCCUCUCCCGUCUCCCUCUCCCGUCUUCCUCACCCGUCUCCCUCUCCCGUCUUCCUCUCCCGUCUUCCUCUCCCGUCUCCCUCUCCCGUCUCCCUCUCCCGUCUCCCUCUCCCGUCUUCCUCUCCCGUCUCCUGUCUCCCUCUCCCGUCUCCCUCUCCCGUCUCCCUCUCCUGUCUCCCUCUCCCGCCUCCCUCUCCCUCUCCCGUCUCCCUCUCCCGUCUCCCUCUCCCGUCUCCCUCUCCUGUCUCCCUCGUCUGUCUCCCUCUCCUGUCUCCCUCUCCUGUCUCCCUUUCCUGUCUCCCUCUCCUGUCUCCCUCUCCUGUCUCCCUCUCCCGUCUCCCUCUCCCGUCUCCCUCUCCCGUCUCCCUCUCCCGUCUCCCUCUCCCGUCUCCCUCUCCCGUCUCCCUCUCCCGUCUCCCUCUCCCAUCUCCCGCCUCCCUCUCCCGUCUCCCUCUCCCGUCUCCCUCUCCCGUCUUCCUCUCCCGUCUCUCUCUCCCGUCUACCUCUCCCGUCUUCCUCUCCCGUCUUCCUCUCCGUCUCCCUCUCCCGUCUUCCUCUCCCGUCUCCCUCUCUCGUCUCCCAUCUCCCGCCUCCCUCUCCCGUCUCCAUCUCCUGUCUCCCUCUCCCGUCUCCCAUCUCCGCCUCCCUCUCCCGUCUCCCUCUCCUGUCUCCUCUCCCGUCUCCCGUCUUCCUCUCCCGUCUCCCUCUCCUGUCUCCCUCUCCCGUCUCCCUCUCCCGUCUCCCUCUCCCGUCUUCCUCUCCCGUCUCCCUCUCCCGUCUCCCUCUCCCGUCUCCCUCUCCCGUCUUCCUCUCCCGUCUCCCUCACCGUCUCCCUCUCCCGUCUCCCUCACCCGUCUCCCCCUCCCGCCUCCCUCUCCCGUCUCCCUCUCCCGUCUCCCUCUCCCGUCUCCCUUCUCCCUCUCCCGUCUCCCCUCUCCCGUGUUCCUCUCCCGUCUCCUCUCCCGCCUCCCUCUCCGUCUCCCUCUCCUGUCUCCCUCUCCUGUCUCCCUCACCUGUCUCCCGUCUCCCUCUCCGCCUCCCGUCUCCCUCUCCCGUCUCCCUCUCCCGUCUCCCUCUCCCGUCUCCCUCUCCUGUCUCCCUCUCCUGUCUCCCUCUCCUGUCUCCCUCUCCCGUCUCCCUCUCCCGUCUCCCUCUCCCGUCUCCCUCUCCCAUCUCCCGCCUCCCUCUCCCGUCUCCUCUCCCGUCUUCCUCUCCCGUCUCUCUCUCCCGUCUACCUCUCCCGUCUCCCUCUCUCGUCUCCCAUCUCCGCCUCCCUCUCCCGUCUCCAUCUCCUGUCUCCCUCUCCCGUCUCCCUCUCCCAUCUCCGCCUCCCUCUCCGUCUCCCUCUCCUGUCUCCCUCUCCCGUCUCCCGUCUUCCUCUCCCGUCUCCCUCUCCUGUCUCCCUCUCCCGUCUCCCGUCUCCUCUCCCGUCUCCCCUCUCCCGUCUUCCUCUCCCGUCUCCCUCUCCUGUCUCCCUCUCCCGUCUCCCUCUCCGUCUUCCUCUCCCUCUUCCUCUCCCGCCUCCCUCUCCCGUCUCCCUCUCCCAUCUCCCUCUCCCGUCUCCCUCUCCCGUCUUCCUCUCCGUCUCCCUCACCCGUCUCCCUCUCCGUCUCCCUUACCGUCUCCCCCUCUCGCCUCCCUCUCCGUCUCCCUCUCCCGUCUCCCUCUCCCGUCUCCCUCGCCCGUCUCCCUCUCCUGUCUCCCUCUCCCGUCUCCCUCUCCCGUCUCUCCCUCUCUCGUCUCCCUCUCUCGUCUCCCUCUCCCUCUCUCAUCUCCCGUCUCCCUCUCCUGUCUCCCUUUCCUGUCUCCCUCUCCUGUCUCCCUCUCCUGUCUCCCUCUCCCGUCUCCCUCUCCCGUCUCCCUCUCCCGUCUCCCGUCUCCCUCUCCUGUCUCCCUCUCCCGUCUCCCUCUCCCGUCUCCCUCUCCCAUCUCCCGCCUCCCUCUCCCGUCUCCCUCUCCCGUCUCCCUCUCCCGUCUUCCUCUCCCGCCUCCCUCUCCCGUCUCCCUCUCCCGUCUUCCUCUCCCGUCUCUCUCUCCGUCUACCUCUCCCGUCUCCCUCUCUCGUCUCCCAUCUCCGCCUCCCUCUCCCGUCUCCAUCUCCUGUCUCCCUCUCCCGUCUCCCUCUCCCAUCUCCCGCCUCCCUCUCCCGUCUCUCUCUCCUGUCUCCCUCUCCCGUCUCCCGUCUUCCUCUCCCGUCUCCCUCUCCUGUCUCCCUCUCCCGUCUCCCUCUCCCGUCUCCCCUCUCCCGUCUUCCUCUCCGUCUCCCUCUCCCGUCUCCCUCUCCGUCUCCCUCUCCCGUCUUCCUCACCCGUCUCCCUCUCCCGUCUCCCUCACCCGUCUCCCCCUCCCGCCUCCCUCUCCCGUCUCCCUCUCCCGUCUCCCUCUCCCGUCUCCCGUCUCCCUCUCCGUCUCCCCUCUCCCGUGUUCCUCUCCCGUCUCCCUCUCCCGCCUCCCUCUCCUGUCUCCUCUCCUGUCUCCCUCACCUGUCUCCCGUCUCCUCUCCCCGCCUCCCGUCUCCCUCUCCCGUCUCCCUCUCCCGUCUCCCUCUCCCGUCUCCCUCUCCUGUCUCCCUCUCCUGUCUCUCUCUCCUGUCUCCCUCUCCCGUCUCCCUCUCCCGUCUCCCUCUCCCGUCUCCCUCUCCCAUCUCCCGCCUCCCUCUCCGUCUCCCUCUCCCGUCUUCCUCUCCCGUCUCUCUCUCCCGUCUACCUCUCCCGUCUCCCUCUCUCGUCUCCCAUCUCCCGCCUCCCUCUCCCGUCUCCAUCUCCUGUCUCCCUCUCCGUCUCCCUCUCCCAUCUCCCGCCCCCUCUCCCGUCUCCCUCUCCUGUCUCCCUCUCCCGUCUCCCGUCUUCCUCUCCCGUCCUCCCUCUCCUGUCUCCCUCUCCCGUCUCCCGUCUCCUCUCCCGUCUCCCCUCUCCCGUCUUCCUCUCCCGUCUCCCUCUCCUGUCUCCCUCUCCCGUCUCCCUCUCCCGUCUUCCUCUCCCGCCUCCCUCUCCCGUCUCCCUCUCCCGUCUCCCUCUCCCGUCUCCCUCUCCCGUCUUCCUCUCCCGUCUCCCUCACCCGUCUCCCUCUCCCGUCUCCCUUACCCGUCUCCCCUCCCGCCUCCCUCUCCCGUCUCCCUCUCCCGUCUCCCUCUCCCGUCUCCCUCGCCCGUCUCCCUCUCCCGUCUCCCUCUCUCGUCUCCCUCUCCCCUCUCCCUCUCCCGUCUCCCUCUCCCGUCUCCCUCUCCCGUCUCCCUCUCCCGUCUCCCUCUCCCGUCUCCCUCUCCCGUCUCCCUCUCCCGUCUCCCUCUCCCGUCUCCCUCUCCCGUCUCCCUCUCCCGUCUCCCUCUCCCGUCUCCCUCUCCCGUCUCCCUCUCCCGUCUCCCUCUCCCGUCUCUCCCUCUCUCGUCUCCCUCUCUCGUCUCCCUCUCCCCUCUCUCAUCUCCCGUCUCCCUCUCUCGUCUCCCUCUCCCGUCUCCCUCUCCCGUCUCCCUCUCCCGUCUCCCUCUCUCGUCUCCCUCUCCCCUCUCUCAUCUCCCUCUCUCAGUCCUGGUCGUCACAAAGGUCCGUGGCGUGGGCCGGCUAA